UUUGAUCAUUGUAAAUAAUAUUUUGAAUUAAAAAUUAUUCUGAAAGUAACGGAUAUAAAACUUAAAAUAUUUCAAUCUUACAAUAUUUCGGGGAAUUUAGUUAUCUACUGUCGUACGAAUUGUCAAAUCGUAUCGAUUUAGCCGUCAUCUAACAGCUGUUAAAAAAACUUCACAAGUUACGAUCAAGUAACAAUAAUCUUCUAAAAAAUAGUUUAAUAUAUUAAUACUUUUAACAUAUAAGAAAAACAAUGGAAAUGGCUAAGUUACGAAUCUUGUCAAGAAAUUUACAAAUAUCAAUUCUAUCCGCGAAUUUCCAACGGAGUUUUAGUAACAUUGACGCAGUCAAAUUAAAACCAGAAGAAGUGCUCUGCGAAAAAAAUCGGAAGUCUUGCAUCGACAAAUUCAAACUUAUUAAGACGACGUACAAAUACAAAAAUAAUGUGAAUCAAGCGGCCGUACUUAUACCAAUCUGCAUGUAUAAAGGCGAAGUUGGAAUUCUUUACACCUUGAGAUCUUUAAAAUUGAAUUCAAAUCGAGGACAAGUCUCUUUCCCAGGUGGAAUGUACGAUAAAACUGAUCGUGACCUAGAAGAAACUGCGUUAAGAGAAACUUGGGAAGAAUUAAAAAUACCUAGAAAAAAGAUUGACAUAUGGACUUGUGGCAAUUUAAUCAAUGGAAAAAAUAUAAACAUAAUGCCGGUAUUAGGUUACAUAGGUGAAAUAGAUCCGGAAAAACUAGAAAGGAAUCCCGAUGAAGUCGAGGAAGCUUUCAUUAUAUAUCUAAAUGAUUUUUGCAAUCCAUCCUUAUGUCGUUUUACACAAUUUCGCGAUAGCUAUACAUUGCCUGCUUAUCUUGGUGGUAAACAUCGUGUUUGGGGUCUUACCGCUGCUAUUACUCAUAUAGCUUUAUCUGCUUUGUUACCCGAAGUGUAUAAACAUAAGCUUGUUCAUUUAAAAUCUAUAGUUUCAUCAAAGACGAAAACAAAUAAGAAUAGUACAGUUGUAACUGGUCAAAAUAAUUGAUAAUCGAUACAAAUAUUUAGGAUACAAUAUAAUAGUUCUAAAAAAUUGUCUUUUUAACAAAUGUUAUAUAGAAAUGUAAUAUAUAUAUUUAUCAUUAUAUAUA